AUGGCAGCGCGUCGUGCAGCCAAGGCAGUCCCCACACCAGCUCCUUCCACUCGCGAACCAACUCCAGCUCCACCUCAUGAGCCAACUCCACUUCCACCACACAAGCCAACUCCAGCUCCCCCUGCUUUACCUGCAUGUGCUGAGUCACAUGCACCAAGUGAUCUGACAGAAGCCGAGGAUGAUGAGGAUUCCGAGCGUGUCCCAAUCAAACGCAAGGGCAAGAAGUUCACAGAGUUGGUUGAACCACGUCGGCGAUCCCUUGAUUCUCUCUCUUCUCAGUUUCCUUCGGAUGACCACCGUGACAGGGUUUCAUAUCCUGAUCCUGGAGAUGGAAUGGAUUUUGACAUUGGGGGAGACCACUUCGACACAGUGGGAGAGGAAUCAUCAAGUGCAGAGGAAUGGUACAAGGGCGCAGGGACUUGUUACUCUCGGGACGGCACAACCUUCUUGGACCUAUUCGACGCUGAUGAGUAUGCGGACUGCAGGAAAGAUAAUCUUUUUUAUCCUUUUGCAUCGAGGAAUGAGUGGGAAGUUGCCGAUUUUCUUCUUCGGUCCUCCCUCAGUAUGGCGGCAAUCGAUGAAUUUUUGGCACUCUCGAUGAUUCACGAACUAAAACUAUCUUUCAACAACGCUAAAGAAUUACGAAGCCGUGCCGAGAUGCUCCCCAAGGGACCGAGCUGGAAAUGUCAACCCAUUACCUCGCCCCAUAGCACGAAACACCCAAUCCGACUAUUCUGGAGGGAUCCUGUUGAAUGCUUAGAGAGUCUGUUCAGCAACCCCCUCUUCCAUGACAAGCUCGACUUUGUCCCUCGUCGCGUGUACACUACUGCAGCGUGGGUUCUGCGCAUAUAUUCAGAGUGGCUGACGGGUGAUUUUGCUUGGGAUAUCCAGAACCAACUACCUAGAGGCACUACAAUCCUUGGGACUGUACUAUCUUCCGACAAAACAAACAUCACCACUAUGACUGGUGCCAGGGUCGCUCAUCCACUUCUUCUAGGCCUUGCAAAUAUCCGCAUGCGCACUCGCACCAAACUCUCGUCUAGGGCAUUCCUACUUACAGCUCUCCUCCCUAUCCCACAGUAUUUGCACCCCAAUCAACGGAUGCGGGGCGUGCUCGAAGAUCGCCUCAUACAUGAGUGUCUUGUCAUUGUCUUGAAACCAUUGAUGAUAGCAGCCGAGAUUGGGAUCAUAAUGUCAGAUCCGGUGGGCAACGUUCGUCAUUGUUAUACGCCUCUUGCAGCCUACAUUGUUGACACCCCCGAGGCAUGUAUGCUUGCGUGCAUGCGUGGCGAAACUUCCCCGUUCACCAUGGCGUCAUAUCUUGAGUUUGGGGAUGAUUUUCGUCAUCCCGAACGCACGCACUCCGUCACACUUGAACAGCUUGCGAACAUCAAGGCCGACCCCAAUAACCUCGAAGCUUUUUUUGAAGUGUGCGCUGAAUACCAGCUAAACGGUGUUCACGCACCUUUCUGGAUGUACUGGCCAUAUGCUGAUCCCUCGGUCUUUCUGACGCCGGAAUCUCUGCACCACUGGCAUAAGGAAUUUUGGGAUCACGACCUUCACUGGUGUCUUGUAGCUGUUGGAGCACUGGAACUUGAUUUUAGAUUCUCGAUUUUGCAGCCAAUCACAGGCUACCGCCACUUCUCUUGUGGAAUCUCAAAGCUCAAGCAAGUCACAGGGAGAGUUCACCGUGAUGUUCAGCGCUACAUCGUUGGUUUGAUCGCUGGUACAGCCCCUUGUCGUUUUGUAACCGCGAUCCGUGCCCUUAUGGAUGUCCGAUACAUGGCGCAAUCCCCUUCCCCCGAUGAUAACCUAUUGACAUCUAUCAACCAAUUGCUCUUGAUAUUUCAUCAAAACAAAGAUGUCAUCAUGUCAUUGGGCGCACAGAUGGGUACUAAGAAACCAAUCGACAAUUGGUUCAUACCUAAGUUGGAGCUAAUGCAGAGCAUUACUGCUAGUACGCGUAAAGUCGGUGCUCUCAUCCAAUGGACCCCGCGCGACAUACCAACAAUAACGAUUAGGAUCCGCAAAUCUGUCAGUCAUGUCGUUGAUCCUGGUACCGAAGCCGAGGAUGAGGGGGGUGAGGAAGAGGGUACUGUGUGUGAUGAAGAAGAACCAACUGAUCCACGAACUGCGCUCCUAGAGGAGCUCAAUUGUACACGUGUUACUACUAACUAUUUCAACAAGGCCAAGGAUAUAAUUACUCUGUCGCGUCAAGCUAGCACUUACACGGGCCCGCCUCGAACAUUUACCACCAGUAAUGUUGCCAUUCACCUGAACUACAAUCCAACCCGCACCGGGAUGAAACUUGAUGACGUCUCUGACAAUUUCAACAUACCGGACCUCCGCCACGCUCUUUCGGCCUUCUUGCAAUGUGAUAUGAGGAACGGAAACAUGAUCCAUGGAGUUGCGGUUCCAAGAAGAUCACUUAUUGACCGUCCUCCAAUGCUUCCCUUUGAUCGAGUCCAAGUAUGGCACACUGUUCACUUACAACAGGUUUCAUACCAUGAUUCGAGUGUUGCCUUACCAGCCCAAACCUUGCACGCCUCUCCUUCAUCCCCCGAGUGGUUGAAAGGCCGAAGGGAUGCUGUCCUUGUGAAUAUUGAUGGACAGUAUGAAUGGCCCCAGUCUGGGUUAAAAGGACACACCGUCUGUGAAUUGCAGCUCAUCAUGCGCCCGAUGCCUCGAUGA